AUGGGGCUCGCCGAAGGAGCGCAGCCUCACAUCCUGGACGCAGCUGAGCUAGGCCUCGAGGCGUGGAAGGAAGUUAUGCCGCAGACAAUCAAGAGUUGUGUCCGUGUGGUGGUGUGCUGGAGGAAAUGUGACAUUCUUCCUCCUGCGGUGCACGCUGACCUCGACCAGGACGUGGGAAAGAAUAUCCGCAACAAGAAGGAGAGUCUCGAAGAGUUGACGGACUUGGUGCAGCGUCUUUCUCUUGAGGCGAAGAAGACAACUGUCGAUGAAGACCUUGGCGAGGCGCUUGAGGGUCUGGGGUUGGCACCUGGCGCAACGCCAACCCGGGCUUCCAUGGAAGCCGUGCAGACAUGGUUGCGUGCAGCGGAAAAAGAGGGUGUAGCGGAGGCGAUUAUUGCAGAUCUGAAGGACGACCUUUGUGAGGAGUCGCUUGCCCACCAACAUGGACCAACUGAACAUAGACUCGGACGACGACGAGGCCGACGCUUCGGCGGGAGACGAGGGACAGUGUACGCAGCCCCUAGUCUCUCCUCGUCCGCCACCGUACGCUGA